GUUGAUGUCUUCUUCACAAAUACAAUAUUCAAUCCCUCGUCUCAUCAUGCAUUACAAUCGCAUCGCCGUAUAUUCACACCGGGGCUGGGCCAGCUCCGCGAUUGUCCAAGCUCUCAUUGCAUCAGGCGCUUACACCAAGGUCCUUUAUCGGCCUGGUUCCGAUAUCUCUAGCCUCCCUAGCACUGUUAGCACUGUGGAGAUUGACGUGGCUGAUCAGUCAGCUGUCAUUGAUGCACUCAAGGAUAUCGAUAUCGUCAUCUCUCUCGUUGGCCAUGAAGGCGUUCUUCGACAACUUCAGCUUGUCUCGGCCAUUGCCAAAACCAAUGUGCAGCUGUUCGUGCCCUCAGAUCUAGCCGCCCGGUAUGACGAGCAAGGCAUGCGUAUCCCUGUCAACAACAAUAAGGGUAUGGUGGAGGCAGCUGCACAGGCUGCAGGCAUUCCUACAACAGUGGUUUUGCCGGGCAACUUUGCCGAGUUUGCCUUGGCCACAAGAGCAAUGGGUGUGGAUAUCGUCAACAACAGAAUUAUUUUCACAGGUCAUAGUGCUACUCACCCUGUCAAUCUUUGCACAAGAUCCUACGUGGCAGCCGCGUACGCAUCUAUUUUUGCUUCGACUUCGAUCGACCGACUCAAAAACCGUACACUAGCCUUGGCAGAGCUGCGUCCAACCGGAAAUGAUAUAGCUGCAGCCUUGUCGGAGAAAUUCGGCGCAGCGAGCCUUACUACCUCGGAGUCUAUCCCCUCAAUUAAUGCAAAGAUUGAGGCAGCUCUGGACACAGGCAAGGGCUUUGCCUUGCCAUACUACUGUCGCAAGAUCUGGGGAACUGGACAGCAGGCGAACAUGGUUGGAUCCGACGUGUGGGACGAUCCAAAACUAGCCAAAGCCUCGCUGCAGGAGCUGCUGGUCGAGGGCAAGUUGCAAGACUAUCGUGAGCCACCGCCAGGUGUAAAUGAAUUCUUUGCGACUUGGUAUGAGUCGUGUCAGUAGCUCUGAGUCAUUACUAAGCCCAAUUAACUGCUCUUGUUGUCCGCG